AUGCUCCUGACAUUGAUGAAUCUGUUCUCGCUGUGUUGGAAGCCGUUCGGGCGUGAUGCUGAUCGAAUCGAUUCCAUUGGAGUAAUCGGGAGCACCUUCGCCGGGAGAGAAGGCAAAGACGGCUUACUGUGGUUCCGGGACGUUGGGAAAUAUGCCUCCGGCGAUUUCUCCAUGGCCGUCGUUCAGGCCAACCAGGUUCUCGAAGACCAGAGCCAGAUCGAGUCCGGUCCUCUUGGCACCUUCGUUGGCAUAUACGAUGGUCACGGAGGACCCGACGCCUCCAGAUACGUUUGCGAUCACUUGUUUCGCCAUUUUCAAGCAACAUCGGCUGAGUCACGCGGGGAGGUGACAACGGAGACAAUUGAAAGGGCAUUUCGCCAAACGGAAGAGGGGUACACGGCCCUUGUGUCAGGUUCCUGGAAUGCUCGACCUCAAAUUGCAAGUGCUGGGACCUGUUGUCUAGUUGGAGUGAUAUUUCAGCAGACACUCUAUGUGGCAAACGUUGGCGAUUCCCGUGUUGUAUUGGGUAAGAAAGUUGGCAACACUGGAGGUAUGGCUGCAAUUCAGCUGUCCACGGAACACAAUGCAAAUCUUGAGUCUGUUAGACAGGAGCUUAAAGAAUUACACCCUCAUGAUCCUCAAAUUGUUGUCCUCAAACAUGGAGUGUGGAGAGUAAAAGGCAUUAUUCAGGUUUCUAGAUCUAUAGGUGACGUAUAUUUAAAACAUGCUCAAUUUAACCGGGAACCACUUAAUGCAAAAUUCAGACUUCCUGAACCGAUGCACAUGCCCAUCUUGAGUGCUAAUCCCAGUAUUCUUUCUCAUCCUCUCCAACCAAAUGAUUCCUUCCUUAUAUUUGCAUCAGAUGGUUUAUGGGAGCACUUGAGUAAUGAAAAAGCUGUGGAUAUUGUAAACAGCAAUCCACAUGCGGGUAGUGCAAAGAGACUUAUCAAGGCUGCCCUCCACGAAGCAGCAAGAAAACGAGAAAUGAGGUAUUCAGAUCUGCGCAAGAUUGACAAGAAGGUUCGACGCCAUUUUCAUGAUGAUAUAUCUGUUAUUGUUUUAUUCUUAAAUCACGACCUUAUUUCCAGAGGCACAGUGCUAGACCCGGCAAUUUCACUUCGAAGCGCUCUCGAUCACUGA